AUGGAAAUGUUUUUAGAAGAAGAAGAAGAAGAAGAAGAAGAAGACGAGGAGGAUGAGGAGGACGACGAGGAGAAGGAGGACGACGAGAACGACGAGGAGGAGGAGGAGGAGGAGGAGGAGGAGGAGGAGGAGGAGGGGAAGGAGGACGAGGACGACGAGGAGGAUGAGGACGAGGACGAGGAGGACGAGGUGGAUGAGGAGGAGAAGGAGGAGGAGGACGAGAAGGAGGAGGAGGAGGGGAAGGAGGACGAGGACGACGAGGAGGAUGAGGACGAGGACGAGGACGAGGAGGACGAGGCGGAUGAGGAGGAGAAGGAGGAGGAGGACGACGAGGAGCAGGAGGAGGACGAGGGGACGAGGAGGACGAGGACGAGGAGGAGGAGGGGAAGGAGGACGAGGAGGACGAGAAAGAGGACGAGGACGACGAGGUGGAGGACGAGCAGGAGGACGAGGACAAGGAGGACAAGGAGGACGAGGGGGACGAGGAGGAGGACAACGACGACGACGAGGAGAAGGACGAAAAGGACGAGGUGGAGGACGAGCAGGGGGACGAGGAGCAGCAGCAGCUCUGGGUUUUUUAAUUAUACGGUCAGUUUGGCCUGUUAG